AUGUCACAAACUACUGGGCAUGUUCCUCAGACUCGGAAUUCAGGAUGGCUGCCUCAGACUUUGCGUCGUCGGUACUUGUUCCCCUUGGCUGGCCUAAUGGCGUCCAUGGUGAUUGUCACAGAAGUACUUCGGCAGUGGGGUAACGACACAGGCGGACUUGAUAUCUUCACUGACUCCGAUGAGAUCACCAUUGCUCGAAAAUUCAUCUUCACUUAUGUUCCGAGCAUCUUGGGCAUGAUUGUGGCCAUCCUAUGGUCUGUCGUCGAGUAUGAUGCUCUUCGUUUGGAGCCAUACUUUCAACUUUCUAAGCCAAACGGAGUAUCGGCCGAGGUACUUUUGCUGAACUAUGAGUUCGGCCAUUUUACCACCGCCCCAUUCUUCGCAUUCAGGAAUCGACACUGGAUGGCAGUAUUCAUCUCGAUCUUGAGUGUCCUCUUGCAACUGGUUUUCCCCUCACUCCAGAGCAGUCUGUUCAGAAUGGAUGACGCCACAGUCUACAGCAGUCAACAUCUCGAGAUAUGGCCGGAGUUGAUAGAUAUGGAAGGGCAAGCGUCCGUGUCAUAUAACUCAACUGUGAAUCACACAGCCUCUCGGGAUCACCGAUAUCUGACUUACGAUGAACCGGACUCAGAUAAGUAUGCAAUGGCGCCCGUGAAUAUUCCCUGGGAUGUCCAGUAUGAUACCGCGAAGUGGGAACUCACCCAGUCCGUCUACUGGGCAGAGCUGUCUUGUAUUGAUUUGACGGUAGAGGAUGAUCUGGUCAUCGAUGUCUUGACGAAUCGAACCGGCUCUCAGGCAGCUUCGCUAUAUGAUCGAUCGGCCGUUUGGGACAUGUCCAUUACAUCAUCAACUUCAGAAAAUUGCUCGAUGCAUUUGAGUGAAGCAAUCUCCAUACCAUCCACCAAUGGUUCAUUGCAGAUAUCGCAUUGGCAGCCAGUUCUAAGUGCAUCAGGCCGUGAUGAUACGUGCGCUGCUAUUGACCUCGUGGGUAUCGUUCUUGAAAUCAGUCUGAAUCAAACUACCGAGAAUAUCAGCAGCAAUUGGUCGAAUUUACAGGGCUCUGACUAUACGCAUAAUGUCAGCGGCUUUGGCUGCCAGAUUCUCUACCGGACCUCAGAGGCCAGCAUUUCACUACAAGCUAAUGGAUCAUUGUCCGUCACCGCAUUGCAUUCAGAUACUAUGAGCAAUGUUUCAGGGGUAUCCUUGAACACCACUCAUUUCAAAAACCUUAUUUUGUCAGAAGUACUCGCAAACAACAGCACCUCAUUUUUGAACAGGAAAUCGGUCGGACUGUCUGCUUCUCAAGAUAAACUAAUCUCGAGACUCAACAGGGGCAUCCAGAAAGCCUUCGUACCGUUGAUGAACCGAAUAUUCGACGUCUGCGCUCAAUCUAAUUAUGUCCAGGCGUCUCAUGUGACACAUCAAAUGGCUAUCAUGGUUGGACCGUGGCAGUCCCUUAUGUCUGAGGCGAUACUUUCGCUGAGCGUGAUAGUGAUUUUAUACCUGGCCUACGCUUACCCACGCCGGCCAAACCUGCUUCGAGGCGAUCCUGCAUCUAUUGCGUCGAUGUGUGGCAUCAUGGCAGACAUUAUCGAUAUCUCGCAUAUCUCGCAUAUGAAUCUUGAUGAAUUGUCGACAAGGCAGUUAAGAUUCAUCCUUCAAAAUUACAAUUGUCGCUGGCAACAGGACAGAGAACCUCCCUGUAUCUGCAUCGAGCCCUCGCAGGUGCCUCGCUCCCCAGGAAAAGCUGCAAAAGCCCGGUCUGAUCCACGACCUCAUUUCCUCCUGAUCCCGAUCUUUGGCCUUGAAUUUCUCAUCUUUGCCGCGGCAGUUGCUGGUCUUGCAACUGUGAUCGCAUUGUGUGUAAAAAAUGGAUAUGUUAUUCCAUUGACCUUCGUCAGUUCAAGCAGCAUAGGGGUUCUUUUCUCCCUGAUUCCAUCAUCGAUCGCGUCUAUCAUACGUGCGAUCUGCCUCUCAAUAUACCGUUAUUUGAGCGUUCUGGAACCAUGGUCUGUCCUUCAGAUGGGAGGAGCAUCUGCUGCCUCAUCUCUACUGCUUGAGUAUGGGUCUUUAAACCCAUUCGCCUCACUCUUCAAUUGGUUUAAUUAUAACCAUAUCCUACUCGGGCUUGUGGGAGUGGCAUGCAUUGUCAACACCGGACUUAGUGUUCUAGUCAACGGAUUGUUUCAUCAUGACCUUGGCCCGACAACCGCAGAUACUGAUUUGAAGACUUGGUAUAGCUAUGAGUCAUUCGCCAUCAGACAACCAUCGUCAGUGCUUCCGGAACUCGAUACUAUGCGGACGAGUAUCUAUAGUGGCUCCUCCCUGCUACCAUGGACAACUUCCAGCCACUCCUUUCUUCCAGCCUGGACAAACAAUUCUUCAGAUUGGCUUAUCGGUGGUUCUUUGCGGGGUGUGGGUGCUGACAUACUCUGUCGAGGGCUAUCGGUUGCGGAUAACUUUACCCAAGACCCUGGCUCCAAUGUUGGCCGUUGGAGGUAUUCUCCAAUCAACGAGUCGAGUAUAACAUGCGAAAUCAACGCAAUACGAGAUACGAACAACGUGGAGGAUGUCAGUAUGUUGGUCAACUUUUACGCUUCAACACCUACCGAAGCAGUUGAAGGUUGCCAUAAGCCAGCUGUAUUGGUGGUCGCCCAGCCAAGCGACAGCGAUCAUACCGAGAUAACAAGUGCCAACACAGUCGCGAUGAUUUGCGAAUCGUUCAUCGUCAUGCAGAACUUUUCAGUGGCCUGGAAUUCGCAAGGCUACAUACAGAACCAUAUACCACUUAAUGAUACCAUUAUUGUCGAUGGUCCGAUGUUAGAGAAUGGGACCUCAAAUCUGAUUAAUUACAACCACAGACUAUCUAGUCCUGUCCUUUCAGACGGCUCGUUCCAGGAUCAAAAUGCUUCCGCUCAGGUUGAUUACUUCGGCAGCCUGACAGUGAGUCUUUACGAAUUGAUGAACUCUAACACAUCAGACCUCGACUUCGGUGUACUCAAAACUGCUGCCCGCUCGGUCUACCGGUCCAUGUUUGCAACCGAUCUCUCCCUCAAGAGAGACGCUUAUUUUCGUCACCUCGAUACUCCCGCCCACAUCUCAAAUGGCAUCAUAUAUCAUAUGUCUUGGGCGGUUUACCCAUCUGUCCUGUCAUUCAUCUGUGUCAUGCUAAUAGUGGUAUUUGACGCCUGUAUUGUGGCAUCAGUCUUCAUUACCAGAAGAUAUCGCUUCCGAUUCCCACGUAUUCCACGAUCUAUCGGCUCCAUCAUGCCUUGGAUUACCCAGAGCCGGAUCUUGGAUGAUUUCAAGGGCACAUAUGCAUGGAGUGACGAUGAAAGACGAAAGCACUUUGCAGAUCUCGACAAGAGGUAUAAGCUUGAUAGACUGGAGACGCCGGAUGGAAAGUGGAAAUACAUUUUGGACGAAGACAGAACGGUGGGCCGCGAUGAUGAAACGGUGAUAGAUGAGGAGCCGAGACAGAAAAGUACAUCGAGAAUCCAGCUUCGGGUGUUAUUCAGGCGGACAACUUCCGAAUCCUCUGGUGAAGAUCAGCAUGGUUGA